GCGAACGGCAAUCUAUCAAAAAAGGAAGUAAAUUUAAUAAAAUGAAAGGUAAUAAUUCUAAUAAACCACGAAAUCUUUAACGGAUUUGAGUAUACAGACAAACUGCAAGAACCAUCGUAACUGGUAGUACUUCUUACGUUAGAUGAAAUGACUCUCAUCAAUAGAAAUCUUUUAUUUAUUACCACAAUAUGGUAUUGCUCAUGGUUAGCAGCAGACGCAGCAGCAGAAAAAUUAUCUUAUAAUGAUAUGAACGUGCGAGAUCCAAAAGGCGGUUUCGUUUUUCAAAAGAUAAUUAAUAAGAAAGAUGUACUCCUACCAAUUAUCAAUUCAGCAUUUGAAGAGAAUUUCAGCGAUAUUUUGAAUGUGACACAAAAUAUUAUCGAUCCUCGAUAUGCCACCGGCCAUAUGUUCGCGUUCGACAUCUACUGCAAAACUUCGGAUAAUCGUUCGGUGAUUAUCGAGAUGCAUCUGUCAAAAGUGAAAAGCUGCCUGUCAAGAUCCGUAUAUUUCGCGUCAAAGGCAUAUUCCAGUCAAUUAGACGGAAUGAAAUUCGAACCGAACAUGUAUGAUGCAUUAAGACCUGUAUACUCGUUAGAAUUCACGAAUAUCGAUUUAUUCCCUGAGAAGGAGCAUUUCAUCUCAAAACAUGCGCUGAUGGACCGAAAAACCGGUGAAAUAGAUAUCAGUGAAAUGAAAUUUACGUACGUGGAACUCGAUAAAUUGAAGAAGAAAGGACUGAAAUCUCACAAACAACUUCAUACAGACCUCGAGAAAUUCGCUUAUUUUCUCUUACACGAUUAUGAGAACAGUUUAUACGUACAGAUCCUCGAUAACCUUACGGAAACUGAUGAUUGGAUCAUGUCGGCCCUGCAAGCGAGUAAUCAGUUAACCUGGACCUCGGCUGAAAAUGAUCAGUACGACCAACUCAGGGAUUCCUGUUGGCUCUUACACGGCGAGCUAGAUUUUGCUAGAGAAGAAGCUCGCGAAAAAGGCAGAGAAAUAGGGAUGAAAAAAGGAAUGGAAAUAGGGAGGAAAAUAGCUAAAGAAGAAGUGUAUAAAAGAGUGAUAAACUGGGGUAUCAAGAACGACUUUACAGCAGAAGAGAUAGCCGGAAUAGUUGGACUUUCUGAAGCAGAAGUUCAGGAUAAAAUCGACUUGAGUUACGUGCUCUACGGGAAUUGGUCUUAGUGCAAAAAGUGUGUUUUGAGAAACGCGCAAAGUUUUGAAGUGUGUUUGCGCCUUCUUUUCGGAUCGGUAGGCAACAGAAACGUCUCCAGUAGUUUCCUAUAGGUCCCCUUUGGCUCCGUGACCGUUUCUGUAAAUCAGUCAUAACCGCGUGGUCCUAACGCUGCCGGGCUAGCCGUGUGGCGCAGCUGAGGGACUCGAAAAAUAUCCUCCAAAAAAGAGUUAAUUUUAUUCAAAUGAAUGUUUUUGAAGGGCUUGGCCAAUUUUAUUGUUUAAUCUUAAAUCUUUUACCUAUGUUAUCAACAAUUAGCUCAUCAUGGAGAUAAAAGAUGCAAAGAAAAAUCGAUUGGUAACGCAGAUAAAUUAUAGUUUUCGAUUCGUU